AUGCAUUUAUGGCUCCCAUUAGCGUUCGCUGCUCUGGGAGCUAGCUAUGUUAUUCAAGAAGGUCGUACCUGCACGCUGUACCCCGAAUCACUCAAUAACAAUGGACAGCCCGUUGAUGAUGCCCCGUCUGUACAAAGUGCUUUUGAAAAGUGUGGCACCAAUGGUAGAGUCAUAUUUGCUUCAGGUCACGUUUUCAAUAUCAAUUCUGUGAUGAAUACGACAAACCUGGAAAAUUGCGAUGUUUCGCUGAGGGGCGAGCUCCGUUUCUCGACAGACAUUUCAUAUUGGCUUUCGCACUCCUACUCCGUCGUUUUCCAGGACCAGUCCACGGCCUGGUUAUUCGGAGGUACAAAUGUCACCUUUCGAGGUGAGGAAGGUGGCUGGUAUAAUGGCCAAGGCCAGGCGUGGUAUACUCAAAAUCGAAACCAGAGCAACCAGCCUGGUCGGCCUAUCAGCAUGACUUUCUACAACUCCACAAAUCUUCUUGUGGACGGAUUGACGAUCAUUCAGCCCCAAUUUUGGGCGACAUUUGUCUGGCAGAGCAAAAAUGUCUCAAUCACGAACUUUUUUGUCAAUGCCACUAGCAAUGAUGAGUGGGGGACGGUCAACACUGAUGGUUACGACUCCUGGAAUAGUGACACAUUACUUGUGGAAAAUGCUGUUGUCAGCAAUGGUGACGAUUGUAUCGCGGUCAAGGGCAAUACAACAAAUCUUCUCGUCAAAAAUGUGACCUGUCACUGGGGCUUUGGUAUGGCAAUCGGUUCGGUUGGGCAAUAUCCCGCAACGCCCGACUAUGUAGAGAAUGUCACAUUCGAGGACGUCAGAUGCUUGAACUGCAUGGAAGCUGCCUUCAUAAAGACUUGGCAAGGUGUUCCUGAGGAUGACAGCUCCAAUGGGGAUGCUGGAGGAGGCGGCAGUGGUUUAAUUAAGAACGUGGAGUUCCGCAAUUUCGAGCUCACAAACGUUGCUUUACCUAUCCAAAUUUCUCAGUGCAUCUACACUGAGAAUGGGCAGAACUGCAAUACGUCGAAGAUGGCCAUUGAAGACAUAACAUGGUCUAACAUCAAAGGCACUUCACGGUAUAAUAUUGCUGCUUCUAUCUAUUGCUCGGAUGUCCACCCUUGUCCAGGCAUCAAGUUUGAGGACAUUGAGAUUGAUUCUGUCAACCACACUUUGGGCUUACCAAUGUACGAUACAACCUUGCAGGAUGAGGUGUAUCAGUGUACAAACAUCAUUGAUGGGUCUGGAAUUCCGUGCAAUCGUGCUGCGCCAAGCAAUUUUGGGCAAGUCGUGACAUCCAACGUGAAAGACGACUCUAGCAGUAUAACCAGCUCUAAAACGCCAAGUGUGGAGGGCACAAAGGAGAAACAGGAGAAACUUGGAUGGAAGAUGUAA